UCAUCAGUGAGCUUAAAUGGGAAGUUUAAUGUUACUAAUUUGCUUUUGUACUAUUCGCUUUCAUUUCGAAAGGAAUGAACCAGAAAUCGUCAAGCGGUAAAAUUAAGGAUUUUCGACGUGAAAAAUCAAGAGGAAGAAGAGACGAGGACGAGAGAAUAAAAAGAGAAGAAAGUAAUUACCAGAGGCGUAGUGUGGAUCGCUCACUUCCGCCUACUCUCCAUGGCAGACCAAAGGAUUUAGGCUUAGGAAUAGGAGAGAAAUCUCGCUCUCGAAGCCGAGAUGGUCGUCCUCAUGGCAGCAGUCUUAUUUUCCGUCGCCAAGAACGGGGUAAGUUUUCUGGUGGACCGUCAAAAAGAAGCACCCCUGACAGCAGUCCGGUCCGUACGUCUCAAGCAGGUGACACAGUAAAAAUUCAGUCUAAUCCCAUUCCUAGUAAUGGAUCAUCGAAUAGCACGUCAUUUCAGACUUAUGGAGGUCCAGAUGGAAGCCUAUUGGUGGAAGACUCAAGACUGGCAAGAAUACUGCAGCGACUUGAACGUGAAGAUGAUCGAGAACGCCAGUUAUCUUCCCUUAGGCAAUUAAAGGAAAUAUUCAGUGCACGUGAAAAUGCUAAGUCAAAUACUUUCCAGGCUGUUUCUCACAACCUAUGCACUGUUAUCAACACUUUUGAUGAGUUGAUCCACCACAGAUUACAUCAUAGUGUAAAACAGGAGAUUGUAUCCUGCUUGGGAAUGAUAGGAACACUCUUGGGACCUGAAGCUAAAAGCUUUUUCCAAUGGAUUUUCAACACUUGUAACUCAACAAUAUCUGAUGAAUACCGGAUUUUAUUAGUCAAAACACUGCAUGAGAACUUGAAAGAAGAUAAAGUCUCUGGUGAACUGGAGAACCUGAUGCCAAUGAUCAUGACACACACACAGUCAACACUGGAGAAUGCAGAUCUUCCUGACUUACUUGUUGCUGUUGUGGAUGUGAUUAUUGACAUUGCUAAGACUUUUCCUUCCAUAUUUAGGGGUCAUUUCAGAGAUACUGUGGAUAUUCUUGUUGGUUGGCAUAUUGAUUCUACUCAAGCAUACAGUCUUACAUGUUACACAUCUGAGGCUUUGAUUAGUUUCCAGCAGUUCUGGGUGGAAGAUAUUAACUUCUCUGUAACUCUUUUGGGCCAAUUUUUAGAGGAUAUGGAGGCUUAUGCUGAGGAUUUGGUCCAAGGUAAUACAUCCACAGGGGAAGGAGGAGAUGGAACUCUAGAAGACCAACCUCCCUCUCCAGCAGAGUGUUUGGCUAAAAUCACGUCUUUAAUCAGAGUGUUUACAACUGUACUGAAGAGUCUUGGAAAAAGUGCAUCUCCAAAUGAAAGCAUUGCAGUGACAUGGGACUUUCUAACAGAGAACUUGAAAAGUCUUUUGAAAAGUGUGAUGUUGACUUCCGAGUACACCUAUCAAGAACUUCUUUUAACAGCUGCCAAUGAGAGCAUUAUGUUGCUUCUACUGAACACUCAGUCACACGCAGUUGUUGCAAUGGACAAGCUACUGUUAUACUUCAAAGUCUUUCAACUACAGCCUGUAGAAAAAUUAUCUGAAGCCCACUUGCUGUCCAUUCUUCAGCUACUGAUUCAGUGUGUAAAUGUUCUUAACACACAGUUGACAGUUGCAUUUGUGAAGUUUGUUUUUUCCCCUGAGAGCCUCUGUUACAAACUGAAGUUUUAUCCAAGUAAAAAUAUACAGAGUCAACUGCUGGCUCUACAACACAUGGUUUUGAGACUGAAGAAUGUUCCUGUUCUGGAAGAAGCCUACAAAUACAUUUUAGGAGACAUAGAGGCUGCAUUUUCUAUCUUGAUGGAGAAGGAAUGCAAGCUUACCAGCAGUCAGAGCAGCCUUGGAUGUACUUUCUCUUACAGCUCCAAGAAGGCUGCUGGGAUAUCCUUUGUUUCAUCUCUCUGUGCACUUGCAGAGAUUGGCAAUGCUAAACAUUCUAUCAUUGGGAUGUGGGCCCUGAACCCUGGAUUUUUUGAUCUGAUUGCAACCCAUCUCCAACCAUCUUCAACACAUCUUGCCAAAAAGCAUCCAGCUAUUCAGUACUCUAUGUUACAUGUCCUUUACUCUCACUGUACCAGACAUGGUCAUUUUGUGUCAAGUAGUCUUCUAGUGAGUCCAAGCCCUACUUCUGUACCACCCACAGCUGGUCACAGUUCCCCUAUUCUGACCACAAUGUCUGUAGUGCCUCCUCCAAGCAGUGGUCACUUGACCUCAAUCCUGACCUUGUUAUCCUCACUUUUGGAGCAAAAAGAAGCUAGCUAUGAUACCAGGCUUCUCUGUCUUUGGUGGGUGCAAGAAGUUGUGGAGGGGAUUCAACACCAUCUUUCCAGGGUUGUGGAAAAUCAUGACUUUAUUAGAUUAGUAAAAGCUGUUAUAAACUUGGGUUACUCACUUGACCCUAAUGUCAGUGUUUCAUGCUGUAUUCCUCUUCAGAUCAUUAUCAGAGCUGGAGCUACGCUGUACAAAAAAUAUUUAUUUAAAAGAUGCUUUGAACUUUGUCUGUUAAAGAUAAAUGAUGUUGAUGAAAAUGUCAGGAGAGAAUUUCUUUCUUUGCUUGUUCUUUUGCCUCUGGAUAUUGUAAUUAGCAGUUCUCCUAUGAAUAUUACAAAACUUGGAAUACACCAACAAAGCUACCUGGAGGUUACCCCAUCACAAUUGUGGCAGGUUCGUAGAAGCCACAUGAAUCACUUCUCUGGUGGUACUUUUCAUUCUCAUAACUUUAGAACAGUUAUGGGAUUCAUCCUUCAUGGAACUCAUCCCAAGGACAAAGAUUGGCCAAUAAGGUUGUUUCAGAGCUGUCAGCGAUCAGAUAAGUCAUCUAGGAGGCUUAUGAAAUUAGCCCUUAGUUACAGCCCAGCAUUGUGGUUCUGGGCAACAUGGGAGUCAGCUUUAGCUUGUGUCACAAACAAACUUCGAACUCCACUAGGAAAACCUCAGGACACUUUUACCACAAUUGAAGCGGCCAUCAAGAGUUAUGCUAAAGAAUCACGUUUUCCUCCUAACCCUAGGAGCUUGACCCAAGAAAACAACUUGAUUGACCUGAAAAGAGUGAAGCUAUUGCUGGACUUCAUGGAACAUUUGGAGAAACUGAUGUAUAAUGCUUAUGAAGGUUGUGCUAUUGCACUUCCAACACUACCAAAGGCUGUGAGAACAUUUUUCCGUACCAACAAAGGGACGUGCCAGGAAUGGCUUCAUCGUGUACGUUUGUCUGUUUUGGUAGUUGCUCAGCAGUGUGGACAACCUGCUGUAGUUAUUCGUCAGGGUUAUGAACUUCUAGCAGAGAUGAAAGAAGCUGAGAAUACACAGAGUGGAGAUUUUGAAAGAACCCUUGUCCUUGUUGUCCAAGCUCUCAUGAUGCUACGAUGUCCUGAACCUAUACUUGGUUUAUACACUUGGGCUAAAGAAAAACUGGGAAAGAAAUAUUUAUGGAUAAAGACAGCUGUGGAUCAUGCAGCUGGGAAGUAUGAAAUGGCUGUCCAGGGUUUCAACAACUUGUAUCAAACAAUGAAUACAGAUUAUACGUCUCAUAUUGUAAACUGUAAACUUAGUACUCUGGGUGAAGUGUCAGAAAAAUUCGAAAAUGACAAAUAUUCAUCUACUGAAACUGCAGAAAGUACAAUUGUGGGAGACCUACCUGAAGAAGUGGAAAAGGCCAAACUAUCAUGUAGUGAAGAUGGAGGUAUUUAUGGAGAUGAUGAUGACUUUAUGACAGCAGCUUUGCAACAUUUACAGUACAAAGGUGGACCUGUAUCCAGAAAAGACAGUGGCUAUUUUCUACAGUCAUUUUUACUUCGUAUGAUCACAGAAUGCUAUAAGAACCUAGGAAACUGGGCUGAAGUCAAGCAGUGGAUUGAAGCUCAGAAGCAGAUAAAUAACAAGAAUGGUUUAACUUUUCCUCAGUUUUUCUCAGAUGAGGAUAUAGACUACAUCAAAACUCUCUCAGUUUUUGAAGGAGGGCUUGGAACUUCAUCACCAAGUAGUGAUAAAUCUUUGAAGGAUUUUUUUAGUGGUGACCAGAUGGAUCUGACAUCUCUUGGAUGGGAUGUGGAACAGCAGUUUCAUAAAGCAGAGAAAAUCUUGUUAAAUUCAGCUUUGGAAUCUUUGAAAGUUGACAAGAAUGAAACUUUGGAGAUAGAGAAAAUCAGUACUCGGGUCAAAGAAUCAAAAGACUUGCUGGUAGGCUUGCUCCAGACAUCAGCUAUGGAAUGGCCUCCUUACGUCUACCCUAGUCAAGCUGCUCUUCAUGUUAAGGCUGCAGCUUUCUCUUCACUUUUGCAGGAUGGCCGUAAAAUCUCCCCUGCACUGCUAAGUGCUGACCAUUCUUUGAACCCAGCAGAUGUUAGUACAGCUGUAUUGACUCACUCUCUGUCUUGGACUAAUGUGUGGAGCCAUGUGGCAGCAAAGCAGCAAGGUAUUAAGCCACAAGUGAGUUGUGUUAGUGGCCUUCAGUUAGCAGCUGCAAGACUAGCCAGAAAACAACAGAACUAUAAACUAGCUCAAGAGCUCUUGUUAAAAUCAAUCAAAUUAAUCACUGGGACAGAAUCUGAUGGUAUUAAUGGGCCUGGAGGAAACAAAAGCCUUCUUCAUGUCCUUAAAAGCUCUCUUAAUUUUCCUGUUUCAGAACAGCUGGUUGAAGUUCAACGAGAAGGAGCUAAAUUGUUACAAAGUGGUAGCAACAGCGAGGGUGGAAUCGGCAUUCUUCUUGGAAGCUUAAGAUCAUCAGUAACAAUCUUAAAUAGCAAGGAACUUGUACUAAAGGAUACUUCUCUAAGUUUCUUAAAAGAACUGACCACAAGGUCUAUCCUUACACUUGUCAAGUACUUACGUCAAGAUACAACAUUGUUGACUCAGCUGUCGUCAUGCCAGAAUGAAAACUUAGAAAAGGAUGUAGAAAACUUUAACUGGUUGCUAGAAAUGUCAACACGAUCAUCUUCAAAUAUGUCACGUUUAACUGAUAGCUUGAGGAGAAGUUUAAGUGAUUUCUCAGGAUCAUAUUUUCAAGCAGGUGAUACUGUAGGACCUACAGAUUGUGCUCUUGGACAACUUCUUCACCUUGGAGUUAACCAGUGUCCUACAUCAGCAAAAGCCUGGUCUCUGUUGGCGGGUUGGUGCUAUCGAUGGGGAAGGAAAGCUGUGGACACGUCCAGCUCUACCAGUAGUCUCUAUCCUGAAGAAGCAGAAAAGGCAUUGAGCAUUCUCCCACUAGAUGUUGACUCUGAAACCCAAGAGACUGUUCUUCAAGUCCUCGGACAAAUCCACAGGUCAACAUGUGAAGAAUGGGAUGAUGACCAUCCUGGAUGGGACCUACUGGAAGACAUGGCUGAAAUAACCAAAAAACAGUUAACUUCUAUUUGUCCUCAACUUACCAACACUGAAGACACCUUGGAACAGUUGGUUGCCAUUCGAAGAGGAGUAGUCCAGAGAGCUUACUGCUACUAUGAACUCACUGCUAAAGCAUACUUUCAGUACUUGCAAUUGUCAGAUCAGAGUGACUUGGAGAAAGAAAAUGUCACAGCAACCCUCCGACUACUGCGUUUAGUUGUAAAACAUGCCUCAGAAUUAAGAGAUGUGUUAGAGAAAGGUUUGGCAAAGACUCCAACAGCACCCUGGAGAGGAAUUAUUCCUCAGCUCUUCUCUCGUCUGAGUCAUCCUGAACCGUAUGUAAGGCAGAGUAUAUCAGAUCUUCUGUGUCGUGUAGCACAAGCUUCCCCUCAUCUGAUAGUUUUCCCAGCUGUUGUAGGUUGUCUCACCUCUAAAGCCAGAGUUAACUUACAACAAGACACUUCAUGUGAUUUUCUUGAGCCAUACCUGUCCCAAGGUCUUGCAGCUGAAACUGGAUCACAUGACCUUGUCACUUUGCCUGACAACCAAGACCUACCCAAAAGCAUUCCAGGAGUUGUUUCGGAUGAAGAAGAUUCUGAAGAAGACAGUCAAAACACAGCAAUCAUGCAGAAUUGUUUUUCUGCUCUUGUGGAAACUUUGGGAAGACAGGAUGCUCGUACAAUAGCUGAAGUGAAAACUUUAGUCCAUGAACUUCGACGUAUUACUUUACUUUGGGAUGAGUUGUGGCUUGGCACAUUGACUUUGCAUCACUCAGAGAUGUGCAGACGAGUCUCCAUCCUUGAAGAAGAAAUAAAGAAAGUUGAAGGCAAUUCUUCUCUUAGUAAACAAGAUAAGUUGGAAAUAAUCAAGGAAAAACAUCAUGUGUUUUUGAAGACUGUACUUUUCGUUCUUCAACAACUCCAGCAGAUUACCUCCCAGCCCCCUGAAACUCCCCAUGAACAAUGGUUUCAAAAUACAUUUAGUGAGGUUAUUGACACCACUUUGGAGAAACUUCAGAAUCCAACUAAUCCAUACCAACCUCACCAAGGUCUUCAGUAUUAUAAGCAGCUCCAUCAAAUGCUACAACAGAAAGUCCAACAGCAGUCAAGAGGUCACCUGAUGAUGGACAAGAUUAGUCCAGUUUUAGCUGACCUGAAAUCAACUGUUAUCCCUAUGCCAGGGAUCAAUGCCACAUCCUCAAGUAUUGUUACUAUUCAGUCCUUCCAUCAAAAUGUAUCCAUCUUACCAACUAAGACUAAGCCCAAGAAACUGGCAUUUGUGGGCUCCGAUGGACAAAAAUACACUUACCUUUUUAAAGGACUGGAAGACCUUCAUCUUGAUGAACGCAUUAUGCAGUUCUUGUCUAUUGUGAAUAACAUGUUUGUGAAGAAAAAAAG